CUUCUACCAGUUGAAAAUGGCAUUUUCGACCUCAGCCAAGUGUAGGUUAUUAGGUUAUGAGUGCCAAAAAUGAUGAGUCGUCUCCACACUUCUUCCAGAGUGAAUAAAAGCCAGAUUGUAAAAUAAUUACAAUUUCUUGAAGCGGAGCCAGCAACACAACCCUGAUCCAUCCAUCUUCAUUAAUUUGUAUAUAGUUCUUAUUUUCACAGAACAAACUUUCGGAAGGUACUCACAUGGGAAUGCUGAACCAGCUGCACAACUUUUAUUUUGAAGAAAAAAAAAAGUUGAGCCUCAGAGCAGCAUGUUUUAAAGACGGGGAGGGACUUAGUGUUUCAGAACUCUUGACCAGCGUGUGGAAGAAGUGGGCUCAUGGCUGGAAUAACCUAGGGUGUUUCUACCUGGCUAAUACUUGGCAGCUUCCCACUUUCCUUGUUCCAUUUCUGAGGGUCCGGCGCACUUUUCUUGCCCAGAUCAACUUGACUCUCCAGUACUGUUUUGCACACCCUACUCCGUGGGGGAGUGCAGCAACGUGCCUGUCUUAUGUGGCCUCUAUGGCCACAUUGCUCAGCUGCCAGGGAGAGAGGAAGUUUUCCCCAACUAUCAAAAAAAAGGAGAAAAAUCUCUUCUUUUCCCUGUGCUCUUAGCAGCACAGUAGCAAAGGACAAUCUCCUCCUUGGAUUUUUUUGGAGUGCUUUCCAGGAAGAAGUUAACUCUCCUCCUUUAAAUGGAUGACCAUGUUACCAUCAAGAAAAAACAUCUCCAAAGACCGAUUUUUCGACUAAGAUGUUUAGUAAAGCAGCUGGAAAAAGGUGAUAUCAAUGUCGUGGACUUAAAGAAGAAUAUUGAAUAUGCAGCAUCUGUGUUGGAAGCCGUUUACAUUGAUGAAACGAGGAAACUUUUGGACACCGAAGAUGAACUCUCUGACAUCCAUAUCGAUUCAGUCCCAUCAGAAGUUCGGGAUUGGCUGGCUUCUACCUUCACACGGAAAAUGGGGAUGACAAAGAGGAGACCUGAAGAAAAGCCAAAGUUUCGUAGCAUUGUGCAUGCUGUCCAAGCUGGAAUUUUUGUGGACAGGAUGUAUAGACGGAGUUCCAACCUAUCUGGUCUGGUUUACCCAUCAUCUGUCAUUGUAACAUUAAAGGAUGUAGAUAAAUGGUCAUUUGAUGUAUUUGCCCUGAAUGAUGCAAGUGGAGAGCACAGUCUGAAGUUUAUGAUAUAUGAACUAUUCACCAGAUAUGACCUUAUCAACCGCUUCAAGAUUCCUGUUUCUUGCCUAAUUUCCUUUGCGGAAGCCUUGGAAGUUGGUUACAGCAAGUAUAAAAAUCCGUAUCAUAAUUUGAUUCAUGCAGCAGACGUCACUCAAACUGUGCAUUACAUAUUGCUUCAUACAGGUAUCAUGCACUGGCUCAAUGAACUGGAAAUUUUAGCGAUGGUCUUUGCAGCUGCCAUCCAUGAUUAUGAGCAUACAGGGACCACCAACAACUUUCAUAUUCAGACCAGGUCAGAUGUUGCCAUUUUAUAUAAUGAUCGUUCUGUCCUGGAAAAUCAUCACGUGAGUGCAGUGUAUAGGCUUAUGCAAGAGGAAGAAAUGAACAUAUUGGCAAAUUUAUCCAAAGAUGAUUGGAGGGAUCUUCGGAACCUGGUUAUUGAGAUGGUUUUAUCUACUGAUAUGUCAGGUCAUUUUCAGCAGAUUAAAACUAUUAGGAGCACUUUGCAGCAGCCAGAGGGGAUAGACAAAGCCAAAGCCAUGUCCCUGAUUCUACAUGCUGCAGACAUAAGCCAUCCAGCAAAAACCUGGGAACUGCAUCACCGGUGGACCAUGGCCCUGAUGGAGGAAUUUUUUCGACAGGGCGACAAGGAAGCUGAGUUAGGCCUUCCCUUUUCUCCACUUUGUGACCGCAAGUCAACCCUGGUGGCCCAAUCACAGAUAGGUUUCAUUGAUUUUAUAGUAGAGCCAACAUUUUCUCUUCUUACGGAUUCAACAGAGAAAAUUGUUAUUCCUCUUAUAGAGGAAGCCACAAAAUCUGAAAAUUGUCCCUUUGCAUCAAACAGCUCACCUAACACUGGAUCUUUAAGUGUUGGGGAUACUUUAAAAAGGCCAACUGUUAAAAGCAACAUAGGUGAUAAGUCUAAUUCCUCAGACUAUUCUCUUGCAACAGUGGACCUGAAGAGCUUUAAGAAUAACUUGGUGGACAUCAUUCAACAGAACAAAGAGAGGUGGAAAGAGUUAGCAGCACAAGGCGAGCCUGAGCUUCGUAAGAACUUAGAAGAGGUAAUAAAUACCACAGAAGAAAAAUGUGAUGUGAUUCACCACCAGUAGGUUUGAGACAUCUUAAAAGCUUCUGAUAUAUUGCAAAUGAGAGGAAAAUCAGAACAGCACAUUAAUGUCCUAACUCCUCAAAUGGCCAGAAGGCUCUACUCUAAGCAUAUUCUUUGACCCUGCCCUUUUUAAUGGAAGAUAAUGGAAGAAAACAAUGCUAAAAACAUGGAACCCUGAGCUGGUAACUCAGGCCAUUUCAAUAUUCUCAAGGUUUCAGUAGUGUUUUCUCAUUAUUGUUACUGUCAUCAUGUCAUCAUUAUUGUGUUUCCUCUACUGUUUGGCCUUCUUCAAUCAAGCCAGAAAAAAAAAACUUUUUAGUCAAAAGUUGGAUUACUUUUGAAAUUUGCAUUAUUGAAAGCUGUUCUAACUUAGCUGACUGUGAAAUGUGUAUAAGUAUAUGAUGCAUUCAUUCAUUCAUUCAUUCAUCUAUUCUCUAAUGUACUGUUUUAUGAAAAGUACUACAGCUGGCAAUUUCUUUUUUUAAACCUCUUGGGAAAAGAUUUAUUUCUGCAUUAUUGGAUGGCAGACCACUUAGAUCAUCCUUGUUGGAUUUCUAUCAUUGUUUGGGAACAAAGUUGGAAAACCCUAAAACUGAAAUCAGACACUUAAGUCAGCAAUGAAUAUACAAUUGUAUUGGGGCUACAAAGUAGUGGAGACCUCAUCAUGAAUGAGAACUUCUGAUAAAGUCAGUGGAACCUUUCUCUGAAACUAACUGGUCAACUUGUAGCUCAUCAUAAUCAUUGUCAACGUUAUCAUCAUUAAAAUCUUAAGAGCAUGUGGCAUUGAGCUUGGUGAUGUCAAUAUCAGUCAAACACAAACCCUACCUUCCAUAGGCUUACAGUCUCAAAGAGGAGUCUACAGUCAUUGUCAGCAGGAAACUUUGGAACUGAAUCUUGAACUUAUCAGCUGGAGUGUUGGGCCUGGCAGAUGGAGAAAAAUAUUGAUCAUUGAUGGUCAAAACAAAUGAAAGAUGUAUGUAUGUAAAAAGAAAAUGUAUAUUCAACAAAUGCUGGUUGAAAUGUACUAUGUGGAAUCCCAGAUAUGUAUGUAUAUACACAUAUGUAUGUACACGUACAUAUACAUAUAUAUUUCUCCUAAUGCACUAAUCAGAGAAGAACUUCCAGUCUUGUAGUGUCUUAUUCAUCUCCCUCAGUCUGUUCUCAGUGGUGUAAUGCUGUGUGCAUGUACAAGAACUUCCAGGUUGCUCCAAGAUGAAGAAUGAUUUUGUUGAGAACUGAUAGCAUGAUUAGCUUGGAUCAGAUAUUGUAAAUAUUCAUUGAGAAUUUGAGGUGGACAUGAACUUCAUGGGUUUGAUUUGUCUAUGUGUUUUGCAGAGCACAAAGAUCUAUUGAAAACAUCACGGGAGUCACUAUAGAUUAAGAAAUGAGCCAAAUUGUCACACUAAAACUAAGGAGUUCUGUCUGUCUUUGGGCCUGCUUCCUUUCUGGUUUGUGCAAUGUUAAGCAAUAUUUUUUUAAAUGGAUAAAACCCUAAGCUUGCAAAUCAAGGUAGAGGGACUGUGCCAUUUACAACUUAGAUCACUUUUAAUGUGUAAGCCAUAUCUAAUAUGCAUAUUUUGUAUGCAUAAUUUUAAUGUAUGAAAUAUAUUUGCAUAAGAAGUGUACAAAGUGCAUUUCCACGUCUUGUGAAUGAGGCCUUUAGUUUUUGUUUCACCUCAGCCUUUGACACAGCAUAGCUGUAUAAGGAAAUUGUAUCAUAGAUGUUACAAUGCACUUGAUAUUUUUAUUUUAAGAGUAAAGAUUGAUCUAUACUGAUAGUGUUGAAGAGAUUAAUUCCUCAUGUGUAUCAUGGCCACUUUGUAUCAUUAAAAAAUGCAAGUCUUGCUUUUCUUUAUUUCCUUUCCUUUGUUCCUGUUUUUCUUUCUUUUUUCCUUCUUUCCUUGUUUUCUUUUUUUCUGCAUUGGAAGAAAAAUGUUAUGAUUGGUUCUUGGUGUUAGUGUUAAGCUAGCUAUUUAUCAGGUAGAAAGAGACUGUCCACUCUAAACUCAUUUAAAAUUUAGAAUUUAACUGUUUGUAAAGCCUAAUGUGCAAUGCUGUUCUUGGUGGCCUUUUAAUAAAGUUUUAGAUCCUCUCAAAACAAGAAGGGUGAAAAAACUGAUUCUCAAAUAAUAUAGGGAGUUUGACCACUCUGUUUCUCUAUGAAUAAUUUAAGCGCUACUGGCUUUUAUUACCAAAAACCAAACCAAACAAAUAUAUGUGUAUCGAAUUCAUCAAUUCUUCUGUCUUGCCUUUAACCAAAAUUGUCCACUUAUAUUACCUUUAUGAAUGGCAAUAUGGCAUCACUAGUGAAUAGAGAAUUGGCCUCUGAGCUAGGGAGAUUUGGAUUCAAGUCCCAUCUCUGGCUGUGUCACCCUGGGUACUUAACCUCUUAGUCCUUUAGGUAACUCUGUAAGGCUAUCAGUGGAAGAGGAAGUGUCAACCUUCAUUAGUAGAGCGAAUUUCCUUUCAGAAGAGCUCCUUAUAUGAAUGAUAUUAUAAACAGCCCCUGCUUCCGUGUUACCUUUCUAGGUACUGUGAGAGACUAUCCUGAGGUAGUGUCCCAUAGAAGAGUGAUUCCACUUUUUCUACCUGUGUCAUUUCUUUUGGACCACUUGAUAACACAUUAAAAGAAAUUCCUUUUCUAUUGCUACUUGAGACAACUUAAGAGAUCCAUUCGAUCCAGAUCUUCCCAGGACAGUGAAUGGAUCAGUGAAGGAUGGGAGAAUAACCAAGCCUACCCUGAGAGCAAAACUACCUAUUCCCUGUGCCUCUCCCUACUGGUCAUAUAGAAACUGGCCCCCAUCCCCAUCCCCAUUUAGCUUAUUGUGAGGAGACAUUAUUCAGGCUGGUACUAUCCUGUUGCACUUUGGACUCAAUGUUUGCUGUUUAACAGAUCUCUCCUGUAAAAAUAGUGCGCUUUGGGAUCUAGCUAAUGACUCUUUAAUUUAAUUUUUAUCAUGGUAACCUACUACAAUUGUGUUUUUACUAUCUGUACUUGUCCAUCUUUCCUAUUAUGGUAUUGCUAAAUAAAUCGUAUUUGAGGAGAAGCAUUGUGAACCA